ACCUAUCGAUAUCAAACUGUAUACAUAUAGAUGUUUUUGUUUUUGUUUUCAAAACAAUCGUAUCGAUCAAACGUAUCGACGGCAUUAGUUUUGACACACGUUAUAGUGUAUACGCUUUGAUUGCGUACUUCUUUAUCGCGAGGCCAGUCAUUUUCGUGUUAGACGUAUAGAAAAUAUCAGGUUGUGCUCGUGUAUUGACGAACGCAAUCAUCUCUCGUGCCUAGUGACCUGGCCUAUCGUUAGAUUGAUCACGUCAAUAUAAGGCAAGGAGACCAGAUGCUUUUAGAUGCAAUCGGUCGAGCAAGGGAAGAAGCCUCCUUCAAGAUUGACGAAGCAGAAAGAGUUUCCCCACGCUCGAGGCAUUGCAGCUAUGCGACCGCACCCCGCCUCGCUUUGAUGGUUUCCUUAUCAAGUAACUUGAUCGAGCAAAGCUGAAAUCGCCUCGGCCUCCCCCUCUUCACGUUUUACCCAAUUUCUUUUCUUUUUUUUUCCCAAAGGCUACCAACACAUUUAUUUUUUUUUUUCAACUGGGAUUGGCGUUUCGAUCGAUUGAUCUUUCAUUACUUGUUCUGACGCAGACUCUCUAGCCAAUUAGAUCGAUAAAAUGAGAAUAAGUGAAGGAGAGUGUUAGACAGCGCACGCAAAGUAAAUUAUUUUUCGAUUCGUCCUUCAAAGAAAAGAAAAAAAGAUUUGCAUAACAACGGAAUCGAACCUGAGAUCCAGUCGUUGCUGUUUAUUGAUUGGCUCCUUUUCUAUGGUUGGGAGUUUGUCGCUUUCUCCUUCGACGCACACACCAUCCUCGGAACAUUAUUAUUUAUUAUUAUUUUUAUUUCUUUUGAGAAUCAUCGGUUCAACGACCUCCCCGUCGGCUUUGGAUUCUCCUCUGUUAUUAUUACAAAGCUGCUCUAAGUACAUACACAAUAUGAAUAGCAUUGGGGAGGGGGGGGCGGAGCUAUAGAAGCCCUUCAUCCAUUGAUUGUCUCCUUAGACUCGAUCAUUUCCCAUCGGCUUGCGUUAUUACUCUGUGCUUUGAUUGUUCCCCCCCCCCUCCCCUCUUUUAUUGGUCAUGUUUUUGUUUUGUUUUUUAAGUUGAGGUCCUUAAAGACGAAUAGAUGGAAGACAUCCGUCAAACGGGACAGCCGUAUUUAUUUAUAUGGGUGGAUUGUUACUUUUUUUUUACACCUAUGGCAAGUCAAAAGAAGGGAAAACAACGAGGCCAAUAACCAGUACUGUGGUAACUGCCUGUGUUGUCGAAAGACGGGUGUGAAGAAGAAGAAAAAAAAACACACACACACAUUUAAAAAAAAAAAAAAACUAUUUUAUUUUCAGCCCACCCCUGCCUUAAAAACCCCCCCAAAAAAAGGGAUACACACACACACACAAAAAACCAACAACAACAUUCUUUUUUUUUCCCGGUUGGCUGGAAAUACUGGAAGCAGGUCUACUGGAGAAACAAGGCCGGAAAGAAAUGAAGCAAAGAAGAGAAGGGAUGUUACAGUAGCGGGCGGGAUAAAGGGGGGAGAAGAGAAGAGCCAGCCCCUCCACACACACACACACACACACACACAAAAAAAAGGCUAUACAAACGACAUCUGCUUCCUGGAUCCUUCCGUCGUUGUGUCGUUAAAAGUUGCCUCCUCCGUCACCUGCCUUCACUCGCUCUCUGCUUGUCUCGCAUUUCCCGAGCUGAUUUGUUUGUUUCCAGCCACAAACGGCCGCCAUCAGGGACUUGUAAAAGAAAAGGGCAACCGAAACCAGCUCCCUUGGCGUGAGCUUUUGCCGCAGAUAGGGCAAAAAAAAAAAGAAAAGAAAGGGAGAGCGAGAAAACGGGAAGAAAAAAAAAAAGGACACGCGUUUACGUACACGCGGCACCCAUCAGUCGCGAGCUGAUCGUCAAGACUUGCGCAAGUUUGUCUCUCCCCCCCCUUAUUUUUUGUGUGUGUGUGUGUUUUGUUUGUGUUCAGUUUUUCUUGGACCGGUGCUCUACUUUGUGCCUCAUCGCGUGUGCGAAUCGCGUGUUUUAUUUUUUUGAUUGCAAUUGGCAACUGCAUUUGCAUUGAUCAUCAUGGAAGAAGUGGCUGUUCAAGCGCGAACUCAUCACGCCAUCGGACGUCAGUGGAAAUCUCGUUCCGUUCUGCUUCUGCCCAAUUUCUCCCGAGAAAAACCUCCGCCCGUGGCUCCCGGACCGGUCAUUCAACAUGAAGGCGCUGUGAUGCAGCUGAGCGGCAAAGGGCUGCUGGUUCCAGGUUCGUGGAAGCGUCGCUAUUGCGUCCUGGACGGCCGCCGUCUUUAUUAUUAUCAGCUCAACGAGGAGAAUCAGGGUCAUCGCCAUUACCGUGACAAGACAAGUCACUAUGUCGACCUGGACGGCUACGACAUCUGCGAAGAAGCCAAAGGCAUCAAAAACGCUUCGAAUGUGUUAGUCAUUAGUUCUUCAGAAAUAGAAAAAUCCUUUUUCGACACGGGGCGUCUGUACCUGUCGGCCGAGUCUGCCAAAGAAAUGAACGAGUGGAUCAGUCAGAUCCGGUCGGCCAUGACGGCCCUGCGGGACGGCCAAAACAGUCAGCCUGCGAAAAACUUCAAAAGCCAACCAUCGGCUGAUGUAUCGAUGACGUGCACCACCGAGACAAAGGCGAAGGAAGCGGAGCCGAUGCCCUUGGAGGCCUCCAUUUCCUUAGUGAAAUCCGGAGAGCAUUUGGAUUGCAUGACGAAACAAAGAGCUAAAGGGCCUACUGGACGCCGAUUGCCGAGCCAGGCUAAAUCGCGGCUCUAUCCGACGGACGCUGUCCAGCAGCAGCAACGCAGCGAGAGCCUACCGCGUCUAGAACUUCAAGCGGCCAGCAGCGAUCCGGCCAGCAACAUCAGAAGCAGCCAGCCGGCCAGAGGACGAGUUAGCCAGCAACACAAUCGUUCUUUUGACACGGGCCAGCAGAAUAAGAGAGCCGCAGCCUACGCUUACAGUUCCAGCGACGACAGUUUGAACAUGUCGUUUGCCCAGCCGACCGGGCAGCAAGAAGACGAUGAAACGGUGGAGACGUUAUGCGAAAUUCCGGCCAUCCAUCAUUCGACCAGCACUCCGUCUCUCAUUUGCCACCCGUCGUUUGGUCAAUUGGCCGCUCACAAUCACUGGAUGAGCAUCGGAUCUAGCAGCUCGACUCCCCGGCCCGUCACGUCCGGCAAACGGCGAUCCGUUCAGCCUUACAGCUGCGGUAGUACGAGCACGGACGAUCCGCCCGAUCUUCCGCAACAAUACCAACUUUUGCUCCAGCAAACGGCCGCUAUCCGAACUACGUUGUCCGGCCUGGAAGCGGAUUUCGGAGCUUCGAGACGCGACAUGGGAUGGCUGCAAGAGAAUUUGACGACGGUGCAGAGCGCCACCGGAAGCGUGUCGGAUAAAGUGGUCAAAAUGCAAUCGCACGUGGCGAAUAUGGAACGUCAGAUCAACGGAGCCGUUAAGGAGGCACAGCAAUUGCAGCAAAGGGCCAACGAAGCGCUGAAAUCGGCCUCGGAUGCCGAGCGUGACUUCCGGCGUCUGGAGAACGACUGCCAAUCGUUGUUGACUCAGUUACGUCAACAGCAGCAGCAGCAGCAGUCGUCGGAUUCGUUGGCAGAUCCACUCAGUCCGAUGACUCCUCAUCCGCCCGGUUUGAUGAUGAUGAGCUUCCAGCAGCAGCAGCAGCAGGCUGGACUGAUAGCGGAUACGAGUGGACAUCAUUUCUCUUCCCAACGGCCGGCUGCCGGCAAACUGCCGCCGUUGGCGCCCGUUCCUCAACUCAACAUCCCGCCCACAUUCGAUUUCGCUGCCCUGUUAACCAAAUCUGCGCCUAUGGGAUUGCCGGCAUGCGAACUAGCGCCAGCUAGAAUGAAAUCCUCCUUCCGGAGUGAAGGUGUCAAUAAGAACGGAAACAAAUCGAUUUCAUUCGGGCCGACCACGACGUAUGCAACCUCCCCUACAACCGAUCCGGACGACGUUGCCCUCCCUGCUGCCACGAGCACACUGAAGACCAAAUCGCGGAAGAACGUCAGCAGUGGCCCAUCGUUUGUUCUACCGACCUCGGAUUUUAAUCAAAAUUCCCCACAUUCUAUGAUGACAUCCUAGAACCGCGAUUUCGAUCAAUCAGUUUUGACUAUAGGCCUCAACCAUUUUUUUUUGUUUUUUUUUUUUUUCUAAUUUUAGAGACUGAUGUGUUUAGCUAAUCCAAGGAAAUUCCCGGUGGAUUCUAUUUAAAGGUGUCAAUUGUGACAAGUAUGCUAAUAAGGAAAGGUUCUUUAAAGAAUAACGCGGGAGCCUAUAUUCGUAUUUGGGAGAUUCCAGCGUGUGCAAUUGCUUAUCAUGUUACAUAUAAUAGCCCAUUGAGUUUUUUUUUUGUUUUUUUUUUAUGGCAGAAUUAUAAUCUAAAUUUAAACUGGUUUUCACACUUUUGGUAUGACAUCGACUAAUUCCAAAUUUCAGUUCCAGCAACAAAGUUCUUCCAAUCGACUUUAUUUAUUAUUAUUAUUUCCUUAUUUAGGUCCAUCUCCCAUACUUUUAGUUUGAAUUAUUAAAGUGUUGUAUUUUGAGUUGCUUUUUUCAUUUUUGUUUUAGCAGUUAGCAAUAAAUAGGAUAAACUUCA